AGAUUACCUGCCAUCCAAACUUCGACAAUUCCGGAAAAAAAGGGAAGAAGAAAAAAAAAGUACAAGGGACCAAACCAGGGUAGCCAAUGAAGCUACGAGAACUACGAUACCAAACCGACGGUGACAGCUCAGCCAAACCGGGCUGCAUCUUUCUUAUUAUUUGCCUUGGAUAUUGGACCCAUAUACCACUGCCAGGAGCCUUUCGUUCAAUCUUUUUUUUUUUGUCCUCCUCCCCCUCUUUUUCCCCCUCUACCCCCUUUAUUUAUUCCCUUGCGUAUUUUCAUGGGCUGGCGAGUAGCCAGUUCGCCCUAACCCCUGCGUUCAUUUUGUGUGACCGUAUUUACAUACGCGACUCCCUUACUUCUUCGGCGUUGAGUUAUUCCUGUAGAUGUUUUGGCCAGGGUCGGCCGGAUGGACUCGGGUGGGUUCACUAAAUCAUGUUGCUGUUUCAGAAGUAUAUGGCUGGAUAUAGGUGUCCAAUUAGGAUAUAUCAUCGCUGCGUGCUGAGUUACUGAUGUAGGCGGGUUGCGAUAUCUUGUUAGACCGCUAAGUCGAUAGAUAGCGACAAGUUAGCCCGCAAGGCGUUAUUGCUAGAGCUGUCCUGUAGAGGCGCAGGGGUUGUGUCCCAUGUCCUUU